AGAUACCACACUCGACACUCAGUACAAUCUAGCCACCACGACAUACACAUUAUUAAUUUAUUAGUCGACAAAAAGCCGACGGUCUGAAUCAAAGUGCGCGAUGAUGUCUUGAUAUUUGAUAUUCCCGGCUCGAAAUACACGAUGCAGGAGAAAUGUUCAAUUGUGAGAAUUUCGAUUGUACUGUUGUGCGUUGGUGCGGUCUUGCCCGCCUCGGCCGGUGAGCUAGAAAAACUUGCACGAGUGCAAAGUGAAAAUGAUAAAUCGGAUUUGCAUGGAUUAGACGGUAGAAACGCUUCGAUUGGAGACGCAUCUGUAGUUAAUCCUAGUGUGAAGCAAGCUUUGUACGAUAACUCUGAGUACUCGAGUGACGGAUCGCUUAAAAAUGAGUCUUUUCCGAAUAUAUAUAGUGAAAAUGAGUUAAUUUCGAACGUGAGAGCAACGACUCAAUCUGGAUUAACUGCAGACGAAAAUUCAGAGCCAACUGAAGCAUCCGAAGGAUAUGGUUACAAUGAACAUACUUCCAGGACGUCAGAGUCUUCAGAAGAACAUUCAGAAAGCGGUAGCACUGAAAGCACUUCUCAGAAUGACUAUACCAAAAUGUUAGAGACACUUGAAGCAACAACAGACGAUGGUACAAACGAAUAUACUUCCCAAAAUUACCAUACCAAAAUGUUAGAGACUGCUGAAAAAACUACAGAAGAUCGUAGCAUUCAACACACUUCUCAGAAUGAUGAUACUAAAAUGUUAGAGACUGCCGAAGAAACUACAGAAGCUGGAACCACCAAAAAUACUUCCCAGAAUGACCAUACCAAAAUGUUAAAGACUACUGAAGAAAUUACAGAAGAUGAUAGCAUUGAACACACUUCUCAGAAUGUUGAUACUAAAAUGUUAGAGACUGCCGAAGAAACUACAGAAGCUGGAAGCACCAAAAAUACUUCCCAGAAUGACCAUACCAAAAUGUUAGAGACUACAGAAGAAAUUACAGAAGAUGAUAGCAUUGAACACACUUCUCAGAAUGUUGAUACUAAAAUGUUAGAGACUGCCGAAGAAACUACAGAAGCUGGAAGCACCAAAAAUACUUCCCAGAAUGACCAUACCAAAAUGUUAGAGACUACUGAAGAAAUUACAGAAGAUGAUAGCAUUGAACACACUUCUCAGAAUGAUGAUACUAAAAUGUUAGAGACUGCCGAAGAAACUACAGUAGCUGGUAGCAUCGAAAAUACUUCUCAGAAUGAAAAUACCAAAAUGUUAGAGACACUUGGAGCAACAACUGAGGAUGGUUACACCGAAUAUACUUCCCAGAAUUACCAUACCAAAAUGUUAGAGACUGCCGAUGAAACUACAGAAGCUGGUAGCACCAAAAACACUUCCCAGGAUGACUAUACCAAAAGGUUAGAGACGUUUGAAGCAACAACUGAUGAUGUUUACACCGAAUAUACUUCCCAGAAAAUGUUAGAGACUGCUGAAGAAACUACAGAAGAUGGUAGCACUGAACCUGCUUCCCAGAUCAACAUUUCAAAGACUUCUACAGAAGGCAGUAACACCGACUUUACUUCACAGGACCAAACUGAAAUUUCAGAGCCUACUGGAUCAACUGCUGGAGAUGGUAACACCAAGAAUAACCAUGUCGAAAUAUUAGAGUUUGCUGAAGCGAUUGCAGCAGGUGAAAACAUCGAAUAUACUUCUCAGAAUUACGAAGCCAAAAUGUCAGAGACUACUGGACCAAGUACAGAAGGACCUAAUACCAAAUAUACUUCCCAGAAUGAUAUCAAAACAUCAGAGCCGGCUGAACCAACUACAGAAGGAGGUAAUACCGAAUAUUCUGUUCAAAAAUACCUUCAAGAAAUCUCAAAGCCACCUGAAGUAACUACAGAAGAUGGUAGCACAGGAAAUAUUUCCCAGAAUGACUAUACCAAAGUAUCAGAGCCUGAUAGCCCAACUACAGAAACUGGUAACAAAUAUACUUCCCAAAAUGACUACACCAAAGUGUUAAAGACCUUUGAAGUAUCUACAGAAGCUGGUAGCACCAAAAAUACUCCCCAGAAUGAAUAUCCAAAAACGUCAGAGCCUGCUAGACCAACUACACAAGGUGGUAACACCGAUUAUACUGUUCAAAAAUACCCUAGCAAAACACCGAAGUCAACUACUGAAAGUGGUAAAACCGAAAAUACUCCCCAGAAUGACUAUACCAAAGUGUCAGAGCCUGAUAGUCCAAUUACAGAAAGUGGUUUCACUGGAUAUAACUCCCAAAAUGACCGCACCAAAAUGUCGAAGGCCUCUGAAGUAACUACAGAAGGAGGUGACACUAAAUUUACUUUUCAAAAUCCUACCAAAACGUCAGAGACUGCUAGACCAACUACAAAAGGUGUUGACACCCAUUAUACUACCCAAAAAUAUUCUACCGAAAUUCCAAGGACAUCUGAGGUAACUACAGAAUAUGGUAGAACUGAAAAUACUUUCCCCUAUACCAAAAGGCCAAUGCCCAAUGGAGUGACUGAAAAAGUUGCCCCGAAUGUUGAUUUCAGAAUAAAGAAUGUAACAAGUACAAGUUUCGUUUUGGAAUGGGAAGAGCCAGAGGAAAAAGAGGAUUUAUUGAAAUACCAUAUUGUUAUUAAGAAGAAAAAGUCUCAUUACAUAAAUAAUCAGUGUUACCGCUACCAAAAAUUCAAAUUUACGAAGGAAUAUAAUGAAACGUUCUUUAAGUUUACUAAUGCAAGCCCAAACCAUCUAUAUGAAGUAAAAAUUGUAGCUGAAUACGACAAUAGUAACAGCACAGGAAUAAUAAAACAAGUUAUGACCAAAAGUUCUAAAUCAACUCAGCCUUUGAAUGUAAAACUGACCGUAAAUACUCAUAACGUCUGUUAUCCAGACUUACAAUCGUACAAUGUAACACUAGAAUUGAAGUGGGAGUUACCAUGCAACACGAAUGGUGAAUUGGUGAAAUUUGUAAUUGAUACAUCAGAGAUCGUCGACAUUGGCGAUGAAACAUACAAACCUACAGGAAACAAGUGGAAAUUUACCGUUCCCAGGAAUGGAAAUAUAAGAAACGAAACAUAUGGCCUUGUUGUUGGAAAUCUGAACGCUUCAUGUCAUUACGAUGUCACUGUAGUACCUAUAACCACAAAUCAUGCACUUGGUGUUGCUGCCCAUGAGUUAUCUGAGCGGACCAAAGCAGGAUGUCCUAUGGAACCAAGAGAAAUUUCGUCAAAUACAUCAAGUGACAAUUUCGUACUCCACUGGAUGGAACCAGUGCCGUUCAGAGGGAAAAUCCUGGAUUAUAAUGUUAUUAUACUAAAAUCUAGUCCGAAACACCCAAUACCAAAUUCUACAGACUGUCCGAAAAACCUUAACUUGUCUAAUUAUAAACAUACAACAGAGUUCACCUAUUUCAACUUCGAUCAAGCUCAGCCGAAUUUCAUUUAUUUCUAUGAAAUAUCAGCGAGGACCUCAGCUGGUACAGGAAAGUCCUCAGGAAGAAAACAUGUUUCAACUCAACCUAAAGAAUCCGAACCGAUAAGACAUCUAACAAUAAAGGUGGAAGAGACGAUCAAAUACGAAAAAUACGAGAACAAAAUUCAGAUUAAAUUCAAGGAACCCUGCAACACGAAUGGAAUGUUUCUUUAUUACAAUAUAGAAAUAACAGGAACCAGAUAUGGAUAUCCCACAACAAGUUAUCAGAUCACAAAAACAGAAAGGACAGGAACAAUUCAUGAUCAUAUUUUGAGAGAACCAGAAUAUUUUUUCAACAUUUCUAUAACGGCAGUGACAGAGGAUCAUACUUCACCAACUGUGAGUAGCGUCAUUAGGACAAAAGCUGCGAUUCCAACCGUGAAUGAGAAGAAGAUUAAUUAUUUUAUGGAUGAGAAUAGCCCAACCAGUAUGAAAAUAGUUUUAGAUAAGGAAUUGUUCAGUAACAAGACUGGCAAUGUUAGUAAUUAUGCUAUUUUUCUUUACGAACGUGUUACGAGUGGUUCGAUUCCCAAAGAACCUAGUUUUGGGAGUUGGAAUCAAACCUGUUCGGGAGUGGAUAACACGACGUAUCCUUCAAUUAGAGCUGAUAAAAUCUACCGAGUUACCGACUUGAAGUGGAACCCAUUCUCAGGUGGAAAUAAAGUUUCCGUGUUUUUUGGAAAAAAAGAAACUUGCCCUACCAAUAACUUUUGUCGACCUUUAAAAGAAAAAACCAAUUAUAUAAUCGUCGUGAGAGGUUUCACCAAAAAUACUUGUAGAGACGUUUUUAUAUCUUUCGAAACAGGUGUCAGUACUUCAAGUGUAGGCCUGUAUCUGGUUUUGAUAUUUCUCUUGGUGUUGAUAUUGCUUUUAGGAGUAUAUAUACACACAAAACGGACAAAGUUCUUGGCAAUUAGGUUCAGAAGUAUUCCGGACGCCUCAGUAGAAGAGGCAGUUCCUAGACAUCUCGUAGCAGUAAAAAAUUUCAAAGCCUACUACAAUAAACUUCAAAACGACCCCACAAUACUGAGAAAGCAAUACGAAGAAAUCGAUGACGAAACCAAAAAGUAUAAAGAAGAAUGUGUCAAAAGUACAUUCGCAUUGAAACCAGAAAAUAAAAGGAAGAACAGAUAUACGAAUAUACUGCCAUAUGAUGAGUAUCGUGUCAAACUCAAUAUCGAUGAAGAUGACGAAAUAAGCUCAGACUACAUAAACGCGUCUUAUAUAAGGGGAGUAUCAGGCGAAGUGGAAUACAUUGCAACGCAAGGACCCCUCGAACAUACAUGCAAAGACUUUUGGAAGAUGGUAAUCCAAGAAAAUAUAGUGGUAAUAGUGAUGGUUUCACAAUUCAUUGAGAAAGAAAAGGAAAAAUGUUUCAAAUAUUUCCCUAACAACCAUGAAAAUAUGAUGAUAUGUGAGGAUCUCGAAGUAAAAUGCCUUACAGAGCUACAAUUUGACACAUAUUGUGUAAGGACUUUGUUAGUUAGAAAGGAUUUAAAACGUUUGAGCGUUGUCCACAUGCAGUAUUUAGAUUGGCCAGAUUUUGGCUGCCCUUCUGGUACUUAUAAGAUGUUAUCUUUUUGCGAGGAAGUGAGGGAGAGAAUACAACUUGAGAAAGGACUGAUGGCUGUACACUGCAGCGCUGGGGUCGGUAGAACAGGCACAUUGAUAUCCUUGGAUAUUUUACUACAAACAAUGCGAAGAAAAAAAGAAAUCAGCGUAUUUGAAUGCGUUAUGGAUCUAAGAAAACAGAGGACACAUAUGGUACAAACGGAAAAACAAUAUGUGUACAUUCAUACCUGCCUAAAAGAUGUUUUGGAGAACAGUUCCCUAUAUUCAUUUGACGAAACGAAGAAUACUGAAGGGCAUGUGUAUCAGAAUAUAACAAACGAAAGAGUUCGUUCAAAAAGAGGUACACAAUGUGAAGAGAGUGAGAGUGUCUUCUAGUAUUACAAAAGUAUUACAACAACCAGACAAGACUGUUUCAUUUGAAAAUUACAAUGAAAUGGACUACGAUUGUGAUUUUUUUACAGUAUUUUCAUUCCAGUUAGGAACUCGAGAACUAUUUGAAUUGCUCAGUAUAACUGUUGAUAUUAAAAGAAAAUUCAACAUCAGAAAAUGUACAUUAAACUAUUGAUACUUAAAAUUCUGAAAAAUUAUAUUAUUUGUUAUAAAA